GUCGGUCCCGCCCGACUAAACCGUAGUCAGCAACAUGGGGCCGACGACACGUUGCCUGUGGGCCAUGGUCCUCUGCGCGGCCGCGCUCGCCUACGCCGAGGAGACGCCGCAUGCGCCCGUGAUCCUCGACGACUUUGACCCAUACAAGCAGCAGGACUUGGACCUCGUCAUGGGCAUGGGCACGCACGGGAAGCUCGCGCCGGCGGCCGUCCAGAACGAGCACCUCAGCAAAUUUGACUUUGACCCGUCCGAGGGCCUCACCUUCUACAUCGAGAAGCUCGAGUCGUCGUGCUUCUUUGAGGACGUCAAGUCGCUCGGCGACGACGUCUCGGGCGCGUACAUCGUGUCGACCGCGGCCGCGACGAUCAACGUGGUCGUCAAGGACCCGACCGGCGCGAUCGUCUUUCGCCGCGACGACGACGUCGAGGGCACGUACGAGGUCAAGCCGUCGAGCGUCGGAGUCUACGAAGUCUGCUUUGUCAACGACGCGAGUGACGGCAAGCUCGUGAGCCACGUGACGCACACGCUGCAGUCGCAGCACCCCGUCGAAAAAGAACACGUGAGCAUCCUCGCCAAGUACGCGUCGCACCUCGACAUUCGCCUCGGCGAGCUCGAGUCGGAGCAGCGCUUGAUGCAGCUGCGCACGGACCGGCACAUGAAGACGGAGAAGAGCACGAACGACCGCGUUUCACUCGCCGGGACGCUCGAGUCGCUCGUGUACGUCGCCUGCGUCCUGCUCCAGAUCUGCUACAUCAAGCGGUUGCUCGAGAGCCCGCGCCACGUCAAGUCCUGGGCGUAGUCGAUGCAUCAUCAUCAUCAUAUAUCCAUCAGCAUGAUGAUUCAUUAUGUACUUGCA